AUAUGGACGCGGUAUGAUCAGAUUUUGAGUCAGUUGCGGGCGUUUUGUAGGGCUGGUGAGCACAUGUGGAUGGCACAGUGUCCAUUGAUCCAUAUGGACAUUGUUGAGCAUUACGCGCCCGACCGUGUGUUACGGCAGUUUGGGCAUGUACAGAACAUACCCGCAACUACACAUUGGGAGCACACCCACUAUACCAGGGACGAGCGUUCGAUCGACAAUGCGGCAUGACGAGCGCGUAUGCACCAGGAAGUCGAUGCAUGGAACACGAGGAUGACAACUCUAGCGGCUGUCGGACAUGACACUCCGAUCCAUGAGUACAUGACGUGGUGCAUGCAUAUCACUCACUCUUUAAUUGCCAACCCCUCGACGCCUCGUCCUGAUGGCCGAGGAUAUGCAUCACUCUCAGGAGCGUAUGAGGCGCUGCUACGGAUGACUCUGAUGAUACGCCAUGAGAGCAUUCCCCGUACAGAGUCCAUCGACCCUGGGAUAGCGGCAUAUGCAGCACGGAUAGUUCAACUUACCGACAUUAGUAUGACACGAGCACAGGAGUGGCAUCGUGUCGAUGAGGAUGUUCCAGAGCCUGCUCCAGAGCCUGUACCAGAGGGUGUUCCAGAGGGGGUAGGGCUGAUAGAGGUGGUCGGGCUGAUAGAUGUGGUCGGGCUGGCAGAUCGAGGUGGUCGGGCUGGCAGAGGUCUAGUAGAUGAGCCUGACGAUAUAAGCCCAUCAGGCUCCGUCGGCUACAGAUACCCCGUCGACUUCUUCUUCCAGGCCGUCAACUUCACAGAGACCUGGAUAUACGCCAGAGAUGUUUGCACAUUAUGAUCCUUCGUUAUCAUUUCCACAGGUGCCAGUUAGUGAUCUAUAUAUGGGAGACGGAGAUGAGGACAUAAACUUGGAUAUUAUUUUCGAUGACUACUUUCUUCGUCUUAUAGCAAGGUCUAUGGCACCAUCUGCAUCUCCGGCUCUGCGGGCCGCUUAGGAGCCCUCUCACAUGCUAUCUCGGGAGC